GCGCGUUGAGGCCUCCGCGGCCCGCGGCGCUCACCGUGGACCGUUAACGGCCGAUUCAUGGGGCGAGAACCGGGCCACGAGGGGCUGGAGGGCCGGCAGGGGGAUGCUAAGAGACGAGCCCAGGAAGAAGCCCGUGCCGCUGCAUGAGCAGACGGUGAGGGACGAGCGCGGCCGCUUCCAGAGGUUCCACGGGGCCUUCACCGGGGGCUUCUCCGCCGGAUACUUCAACACCGUGGGCACCAAGGAGGGCUGGGCCCCGUCAACCUUUGUGUCGUCACGGCAACAGAAAGCUGAGAAACAAAAUGCCAGACCUCAAGAUUUCAUGGACGAGGAGGACCUCGGCGAGCAUGGCAUCGCCCCCUCAGAGAUCAGGACCAGUCAGGAGUUCUCGUCCAGCCGCACAGACGCCACCAGAGAGACGGCCAGAGCCGUGAAGGCCCAGAGCGCCUCCAUCCCCGGAGACCUGCUGCUGGAGCAGCUGAUCGCCCCGGCCAGGUCGUCCGUGGGGGUGGAGCUGCUGAGCAGGAUGGGCUGGAGGGAGGGUCAGGGGGUCGGGCCUCGAGUGAAGAGGAAGGCUGGCCGACAGCAGAGAGGUCAGAGAGCUGGAGGAAGCCGACUCUAUGGAUGUGUGCUGGCCCCUGCUGGAUCAGAGGACUCAGAGGGGGAAGACGAGGAAGAGUUCGCUCCACAGGACGUGACCUUUGCCCCCAAGGAUGUGACUCCGGUGGAUUUCACCCCCAGGCUGGGGGUCCAGGGUCUGGGGUACCGCAGUCUGGAUCCGGGUCUGGCCCUGAUGGGCCGCAGAGACCCGGAUCACAUGGACCUGUUCAGGCCUCGGUCCGAGACCAGGAGCCGGCUGUUCGGGGACCAGAGAGGCUCCGGCAGAGGAGGCGUGGCCGGACAGGCGUUUGGGGUGGGGGCCCUGGAGGACGAUGAUGACGAAGAGGUCUACCACAGAGACUCCCUGUCCAGAUACGACACGGUGCUGGGGGGGGAGGAGCCUGGAGACGGACUGUACGGCUGGACCGCCCCGCAGCAGUACACCAAGAACACAGGUCUCCCGGGGCCCCGGAGGUCUCCUGUUGUAACGGACCCCUCUGCCCACAGGAAGGAGCAGAGAGGCCUCGUACCUGGGGAAGAUCCUGGAGGGCUUCACCGUGGCCCAGAGCCCGGCGGGGGACUCCCCGGUCUUCCCCCCCCCUCCCUGCCCAGAGACUACCGCCCGGUGCGCCGGCCCCGCCCGGCCCUGGAUGCGGGGGCCCUCUCUGGGGUCAGCCCGGCUCUGGCUGAGGCCCUCAGGGUCUCCAGGGGCCACAUGGUCCCGCAGGAGGCCCCCCAGGGGGGGCGCCACCUGCUGGACUCCGACCACCGGAGGGCGCUGCUGGGAGAAGACGCCCUGCAAGGUCCCAGCUCCGUCAUGGAGCUGCUGAGGCCUGCAGACAGGCAGCGGCUGCUCAGCAUGCGCAGCUCCUCCCUCCUGACCUCCAACACCUCCCAGAAUGCGGUGUGGGCGGGGCCUCAGGAGGAGGGGGGCGGGGCCUCCUCCGACCUUCGGCAGCAGCAAGAGGCUCUGGCAGUGUGGAGCGGAGUCCAUACCUCCUCUCAGACCUUCAGACCCUUUGAGGAGAACCCCAGCAAACAGGCCCGCUACGACCUGUACCUGGACCGCCUGAAACAAGGAGACCGAGGUGGUCUGUGGUGGUCUGUGGUCUCAGGUGGUCUGGAGCACAGUGGUGACCACGGCCUGACGGAGUGGGAGCGCUCCAGGGAGCGGGAUGAGUUCGUCCGGGCCUCGCUGCUCUACCGGCCCUCCUCCUCCUCCCUCUCCUCCCGCUUCACCCGGGCCACGGGCCCCGGGGACCAGGACCAGCACCUGGACUGCCGGGACCAGGACCAGCACCUGGACCACCGGGACCAUGAGGCCGUGGUGGACCCCCAGCAGGAGGCUGUGGACAUGAAGCUGUUUGGUAAACUGACCAGAGAAACAUUUGAGUGGCACCCGGACCGCCUGCUGAGCAAGAGGUUCAACACCCCCCCCCCCUACAGCAGCUCCAGCCUGGUGGGCGUUCCCUCCGUGAAGAGAGACAAGUUCUCCGUGUUCAGCUUCCUGACGAUGCCUUCAGCUCCUCUCAAGCCUCCAGAGGCUGGGAAGAGGUCCAGGUGGGAUGUUUCGGACCAGAAGAAGGAGGAGGAGAAGAAGAAGGAGGAGGAGGAGGAGGAGGACCCGCUGAGUGAACUCCUUGUUGCUGCAAGAAACCAGACUGAGAUCAAACUCGAGCCACCUUCCUCCCCCCCCUCCUCCAAGGUAAACUGUAAAGAUCCUCUGGAGACCAGGAGCCAGCCAGGAGGCUUCAUGUGUGUUCUCUUCAUACAGAGGAAGACGAAGGAGGAGCAGGAGGAGGAGGAGGAGGAGAGCCGUCCCCCCAUGGAUCUGUUCAAGGCCAUCUUCUGCUCCUCUGAUGACGAGUCCUCCUCUUCAUCAGAGGGAGAGAGCAACGAGGAGGAGGAGGAGGAGGAGGAGGAGGAAGAGGUGAAGGACUCAAAGGAGGACCCGGUCGACCCGCAACCGCUGAACCUCUUCAGAGUCACCUCCUCCCCCAUCACCUCCUCCCCCGUCACCUCCUCCCAGCAGAAAGCUCAGAACUCAAGUCAAGAGAAAGACAAGGGGGAGGAGUUUGGACCAAAGCUGCCUCCUUCAUCAGCUGCUCUGACCACAGGAGGCUCCACCUCCCAUGAGGAGGAGAACCCCGGCAGGAGGAGCAGAGGGAAGAAACACAAGAGCAGGAAGGACAAGAAGAAGAAGAAGAAGAAGGAGAAGAAGGGGGAGAAGAAGGAGGAGAAGAAGGAGGAGAAGAAGAGGAAGAAACACAAGAAGGAGGAGCAGGAGGAGGAGGUGACCACACAGGAGCUGCUCAAGAAACUGAGAAGGGUCCAGUCCCGUGAGACCUGGUGAAGACGUCUCCUCCUCACUCCAGAUCUGUUGUUGUUGUUGUUGUUUGUAAUAAUAAAGUAUUUUGUAUUUGAUAUUCA